AUGGCAGACCCGAUCCCACCUCAGUUCAGAGACAAUGAGAGUUGGCUUUGGAUUCAAGAAGCCACGGUGGAGAUCUAUUAUCCAGGCACCUCUGUGAUAAAGGUUUCCUGGCCAAUUGACUCUCUGCAGGAUUGUAGGUACCGCGAUGAUCUGUGGCUCCGGGCCGACUCUAUCGAUUAUUGGACCUUGAUGAAUCUCCUGGACACGUAUGCCGACACCAUACCGUGGGAUGACAACAUUCAUGAACUCUGUUGGAGUCCUAUCAAGCCCGGUCCCGAAAAUGGAUAUCUUGUUAAUCAAAGUCACCAUGAUGAGGUCCUUAUCGACGAGGACAACUUUGCUCUGACCAUGGUGGAGGCUAUCGAUACUUUUUGUGGCUAUCGUCCACAGCCUGGUGGACGUCCAUACAGAGGGGAAAUCUCCAUCUACUGCGUUGUCCGCCCCAAAGGGUACUGCAGCAUUGAUUCUGGUCAGUAUCUUUCACUUGCUGAACCCUAG